AUGACAAUAGUAAUAAAUGGCCUCAUUUCAAGGGGUUUAAGUAAGAUAGAAUAGCAAAAAGAGCAAAGAAAUUAGGAUAAUUAAAUGGAUUUAAAAAAAUUUAAAUAAUAAUUUAUUAAAAUAUUUAUGAGACAACCACAAACAAAGAAAUCCUUUAAUAUUUCUGAUUCUUCAUACUACAUCUCUUUGGCAUGCAUCAUCACUUUUGAAAUCUACUCUCUUUAUCGAUUUUCAGUCAUCUGUAAAUCAAACAAAAUAGAGGGCACUGAAAAAGGUAUACGAAUAAAUUGAUUGUAGGCUUCUUUGGUAUUCUGAGAGACCAUUCAGAUCCAUAAUGGGGAGAAUUUGCAGGACAUUUGACAGAAUUAAUGGUUUUUCAAUUCAUUUUUAUAUUGGGGUCCUACACUGUCAAAUAUCAUUCUGAAUAAGAAAAUAGGUAGAGAAACCUAUAGUAUUAUAACAUGAUUGUCGGAUUAAAUUAUGCAUUCUAUUUGCAUAACAUAGGCAUGAUAUUUUAGAUGAUGAUCAUCGUUGCUUUUUAUCUUUUCCAAAAAGUAAUUAUUUUUUUUAUAAUAGAUUUGUUACAAAAUGAAAUAUUUCAUCCCGACAUUAUGGAUUUUGGCCAUCUUAACAUUAUGGUCAAAUGAGACUUAUAAAGGAUAUGAAUUCAGUAUGAUUUCUCCAUCCUUGGCUUAUUUGGAUGGUUUCAGGAGUACAAACCAAUUAGUUAGUUGGAAUCUUGUUUUUAAUAUGAUUUUACUAAGAAUCAUCAGUUUCUCUAUUGAUAAGGUUUGGGCAUCUCAACUCCCUCAGCCAUUGAAAUCGGGUGAGCAGAGUUAGAGUGAAAAGUCCAAUAUCAUAAAGACUUAUCGUGAUAGAGUGGAAGAGUCCUAACCAUUAGAGGAAUAUAACUUUAGCGGUUAUUUAAGUUUUCUUUUUUAUGUGCCUCUUCUCUUCUCAGGUCCUUCUAUGGGUUAUAAUGCUUUUAAUUCUUAAUUAAAAACCCCUUAAUAAAGUUUUAAUAGAUCUUAAGUGAUAAAGUACAUUUUAAGAGUCUAUUUAUUGGACUUGUUAACCUUUGAGGUAUUUUUGCAUGUGUGUUAUCCAAAUGCAAUUCCAAAAAUAGCCUAAAACUUUCAUAUCCUGGAAAAUUUUAGUGCAUAUGAGUUCCACAUAAUGUGUGUAAUGAACUUGAUCUUUUUAUGGUACAAAUUCCUUACAAUAUGGAGAAUUGCCAGAGGAUGGGCCUUAUUGGAUGGUAACUUAAUAAAUUAUUAUUAUGUUAGGAAUUGAAACACCAGAGAAUAUGAAUAGAUGUCUGUAUAACAGUUACAAUUUUAGUGGAUUUUGGAGAUCUUGGCAUAGAAGUUUCAAUUAAUGGUUAAUCAGAUACAUUUAUGUACCAUUAGGAGGUACCAAAUACAAAUCUUUGAAUAUGUGGGUUGUCUUCUCUUUUGUGGCAUUGUGGCACGAUUUUAAAUUGGAUCUUCUCUUAUGGGCUUGGCUAAUCUGCUUAGCUUUGAUUCCAGAGAUCGCUUUAUAAAAAUACUUUGACAAGGAGUUCUUCUAUAAAAAGUGGUGGUUUGUUUACUUAUGUCAGCUGGGUGGAGGAUUCUAAAUAUAAAUGAUGUGUUUAGCCAAUUUGAUAGGAUUUGGAAAUGGAUAUGAAGGCAUGACCGUUGUUUUCUAUAAGUUUAUGAGUUUGGAGGGCUUGGCUUGUUUUCUAUUCUAUUGUAUAGUUAGGAAUGGAUGGAUCACAACUAUUCAAUUUAGAAUAAGAGAUGAUGAGAAUGCUGAAUCAAAUGACAAGCGAUUUUGA